CAUACAGGCUGUCAAAAACUUUGUGUGUUAGAGAGAGAGAGAGAGAGAGAGAGAGAGAGAGAGAGAGAAAGAGAGAGGGAGAGAGAAAUGGAGGAAAAUCAGUCAAAGCCUCACGCAAUCAUGGUGCCUCUUCCUAUCCAAGGCCAUGUAAUCCCAUUCACCAAUCUAGCCAUGAAGCUUGCAUCAAAUGGUUUCACCAUCACUUUUGUCAACACCAAAUGUGUUCACCGCCAGCUACUCAAAUCACAACCCAACAACAACUCUGGAGAUCAAGAUGACAUCUUCUCCAAAGUGCGGGAAUCCGGCCUAGACAUACGUUACACAACGGUGAGUGAUGGUCUUCCAUUAGCCUUCAACCGAUUUCAGAAUCUCGACCAAUUUCUCGAGUGUUCUUUGCAUGUCUUCCCUGCUCAUGUUGAUGAACUUGUUGGAGAUUUAGUCCAAUCUGACCCCUCAAUCUCUUGCUUGAUCGCUGAUACCUACCACUGUUGGCCAGCAACCAUAGCCAACAAGUACAAUCUUGUCCAUAUUUCUUUCUGGACUCAACCAGCUCUAGUUUUUAACAUCUACUAUCACUUGGACCUCCUCAUAAAAAAUGGUCAUUUUGGUUCUCAAGAUAAUCGUGAGGGCACCAUCGAUUACAUACCUGGAGUGAAGGCUAUUGAACCAAAGGACUUGAUGUCAAACUUGCAAGAAACAGAUAUAUCAACACCGAUGCACCGCGUCAUAUACAAGGCAUACGAGGAAGUGAAAGGGGCAGAUUUCAUAUUGUGUAAUACAGUGCAAGAACUUGAAUCCGAGUCCCUCUCAGCCUUGCAAGAGAAGCAACCCACCUAUGCAAUUGGUCCUGUUCUCUCCAAUAAACCUACUAAGGGUAUGGUGGCUACCAAUUUAAUGUCAGAGUUUGACUGUACUCAGUGGCUCCACACUAAGCCUCAUGGUUCAGUUUUGUUCAUUUCAUUUGGAAGCUAUGGUCAAGUUACUAAAAAUGAUUUCGAAGAAAUAGCUCAUGGACUUUUGCUUAGUAAAGUGAGUUUCAUCUGGGUGCUUCGCCCGGACACAACAAGUUAUGAUGAAACAUGUAUCAUGCCGGUCGGAUUUGAGGACGAGACUAAAGAUAGAGGGUUGAUGGUGCCAUGGUGCUCUCAGAUUGAGGUGCUUUUGCAUCCAGCAAUAGGAGGGUUCUUAACACAUUGUGGAUGGAAUUCCAUACUUGAAAGUAUGCGGUGUGGUGUUCCCAUGUUGUGUUUUCCUCUAUGGACUGACCAAAUCACUAAUAGGAAACUAGUAGUUGAUGAUUGGGGGAUUGGACUAAAUCUUUGUGAUACAGUUAAACUCGUUACAAGGGGAGAAGUAGGGGAGAAGAUCAACCGUCUGAUGUGUGGAGAUUCGGGUGAUGGAUUACAGAAACAGAUCAAGAAAGUAAGGCAAACUUUAGAGGACGCAUUGGCUGUAAAUGGGUCAUCAGAAAGAAAUUUAUCUCAAUUCAUUUGUGGCGUUAAGGAAAAAAUUCGGACACGAGCGUGACUUCCACAUUGCCACUAUAUGUGGCUCUGGUUCAUCAUCUCAUUGUCAUCGACUCACCGGCUUCAUUAGUCAUGCGAAGGCGAUUGUGCCCCUUUCUCUGUGGGGCAUCAAGUCUCAAUUAUUGCUCUUAUAAUCCUCAACCUUUCUAUUAUGUUGUUGCCCUACUCCGUCGUUCGUUCCUUCUAUUAGCUCAAGUUGUAUCUCAAAUAUUCCGGAAGUAAUUAUAAGUUUCUCUCCACUGCUUUGAGAUCAUUUAAGUGACUUUUUUACUUCAAAAAAGGUUUUGUGCC